AUGCUCCACCGUCGUCUUGCUGCCUUGGCCCCUCGAGUUUCAGCUAGAAUGUCUUCCACCAUUAUGACCGAUAACGUUCGCCCCAACGUUGACAAGGAGGUUCAGGACAUUGCCGACUACGUCCACGAUUUCAAGGUCGACUCCCCAGUUGCGUGGGAGACUGCUCGUCUGUGUUUGCUCGACACCCUCGGCUGCGGUCUUGAGGCCCUCAAGUACCCCCAGCCUAAUGCCAUCGUCAAGCCUGUUGUUCCCGGAACCAUUGUCCCCAACGGUACCCGUGUCCCUGGUACUGACAUCACUUUGGACCCCAUUCGGGGUGCGUUUGCCAUUGGCACCAUCAUUCGCUGGCUUGAUUUCAAUGACUGCUGGCUUGCUGCCGAGUGGGGUCAUCCUUCGGACAACUUGGGUGCCAUUUUGGCUGUUGCCGACUGGCAAACCCGCCUUGCCAAGGCCACCAACGGCAAGGAGGGCAAGCUCUUCAAGGUUAAGGAUGUUCUUGAGGGUAUGAUCAAGGCCCAUGAGAUUCAGGGCUGCCUUGCUCUCGAGAACUCUUACAACCGCGUUGGUCUGGACCACGUUGUCCUGGUCAAGGUUGCUUCCACCGCUGUUGUUUCCAAGAUGCUUGGUCUCAACCGCGAGCAGACGGCUGACGCCGUUUCUCAGGCCUGGGUCGAUGGUCAGGCUCUGCGCACCUACCGCCAUGCUCCAAACACCAUGUCUCGCAAGUCGUGGGCUGCUGGUGAUGCGUGCUCUCGUGCUGUUAACCUUGCUCUGCUGGUUAAGGGCGGUGAGGGCGGCAUGCCCUCUAUCCUGUCUGCCAAGACUUGGGGUUUCUACGACGUUCUUUUCAAGGGCCAGCCCUUCAAGUUCCAGCGUCCUUACGGCUCCUACGUUAUGGAGAACGUUCUGUUCAAGAUCUCUUUCCCUGCUGAGUUCCAUGCCCAGACCGCUGCUGAGGCUGCCAUGACCUUGCACCACAAGCUCAAGGAGAUGGGCAAGACCGCCGAGGACAUCAAGAGCGUCCGCAUUCGCACCCAGGAGGCUGCCAUGCGCAUCAUCGACAAGAAGGGUCCUUUGCACAACUACGCUGACCGUGAUCACUGCAUCCAAUACAUGGUUGCUAUUCCUCUUAUCCACGGCCGCCUCACUGCUGACGACUACACUGACGAGGUCGCCAAGGAUCCCCGCAUUGAUUCUCUCCGUGAGAAGAUGACCUGCGUCGAGGACCAGCGCUUCUCUGAGGAGUACCACGCUCCCGAGAAGCGUUACAUUGGCAACGCUCUGCAGAUCACCUUGAACGACGGCACUGUUUUGGACGAUGUUGAGGUCAACUACCCCAUUGGCCACCGCAAGCGUCGUGAGGAGGGUACCCCUGUCUUGCUUGAGAAGUUUGAGCGUCACCUCCGCGGCCGUCUCCCCGAGGACCAGGUCCAGAAGAUCCUUGCCGCCUCCGGUGAGAACGUCGGCGAGCUCGAUGUCGACGAGUACGUCAACCUCUACGUCAAAAACUAA